GACUUUUUAGUUUCUAGACCUUUCUCGUCGGGUCGUUCAUCCUAUACCAUCUACUUUCCCCAAGUCUCAGUCCCAACCUUCACUCUCGCAGUGCCGCCGCCGCCACCACCAUAACCAUUCCAUGGCCACUGAAGACACCUCUCGCCACCUCAAAAUCAUAGCCGGAGCCGACUCCUUCGGCUGCGCCCUCAAAGACACCCUUGUUACCCACCUCCGUUCCCUCAACAUCGACGUCGAAGACUUAGGCACCGACAAAUAUUACAUCGCCGGUGAAGAAGUCGGACGCCGUGUCAGCUCCGCCGCUAACACCAACUCCUCCGUCGAGAUCCGAGGCCUUGUGGCCUGCGGCACCGGAGUGGGAGUCGGCAUGUUCGCCAACAAGUUCCCCGGCGUUUACGCCGCCACCUGCCUCACCCCCUCUGAUGCCCUCAAUGCUCGAUCCAUCAGCAACUGCAACGUCCUCGCCGUCUCCGGUAUGUCCACCUCGCCGGACUCCGCCAUCGAAAUUCUCGACACCUGGCUCAACACCCCCUUCAAAUCCCCUUGCCCCGCUUCAGGUUCCAAACCUUGGCCCCCAGAAAUCAACGAUUUCUUGGACAAUUCAAUCCAUGAAAUGUCAAAAAUUGGAGUAGAAAGCAACAAAGAAAAUGACAAGAAUGAAGAGAAUUCUAUUGACCCUUGCUUUCUCUGUUGUUUGGCGAAAAAUAGAGAGUUCACUCCAAUCGAAAUCAUGCCUGGUGGGCAUAUGAAGGUGAUUAGAGAGACACCCACCUCGGCAAUUGUGAGGUUUGAGGCUGGGAGUGUUGAACCGGCGCAUCAUCAUACGUUUGGGCAUGAUUUGGUGGUGUUGAAGGGGAGCAAGAGGGUGUGGAAUUUGAGCAAAGGGAAGAAGUAUGAUCUAGGUGUGGGGGAUUACUUGUUUACUCCUGCUGGGGAUGUUCAUAGAGUGAAGUAUUUUGAAGAAACGGAGUUUUUCAUCAAGUGGGAUGGGCAUUGGGAUUUGCUCUUGGAUGAGGAUCUUGCUACUGCCAAUGCUGCGAUUGAGAAAGAGAUUUGAGUUGUGGGUCCGUGUGAAAUUGCGGGUAUGUUGUGACACAACCUUUAAACUUUCAAAAAACUUGUGGUAUGUAGCCUCAGCUAUGGUGCUUUUCAGUUUGGCUGUGAACUUUUGUAUUAUUUUUGUUAGUUGUGUUUUUAUGCAUGUUUAUAUGUUUCAAUAGAGUUAGUCCUUUGUAUGCAUCAACUUUAAUAUGAAUGAAACUCUGUUCUGUUUAUGUCUAAACAACUUUUCUAUGUUAGAGUUUGCAUCUAACUGAACAAUGAUGUUAAGUAGGGAGAAGUACUUUGUCAUUAGGAACACAAGAUGGGUGAGAAUGAAGUAUUUUUGAAACGAGAUUUGAGAGUUGGAGAGGCUUCUCAGUGAGAGGUAGAUGAUGGAUGCAUUGGGAUGUCUAAUAAAAUUUUUAAUUCUUAGCUGUUAAACUAGAGAUAGAUUGGGAUGUUUUGCUUCUUUUGUUCUAUUUAGCGAGCAAAUUUCCCCAAAAUUAGUGCAGUUGUCUCUAAUUGUUAUCUCUUCUUUGUUGAACUUUGGCGGAGGACUUAACCAUUGGAUUGUUUUGUAUUGUACGCAAAUUAUUAUUUUGUGUGGCUGUGCAAAUUUG